AGAUAAUUCUCAUAUUCUGCAAAAUAAAUGGAUUUUAAACGGGAGGUCUUAAGUCAACAACUGAAUGUUGGUGGACAGUACACAACGACGUCUAUGCGGCGGGGGGUCGUGUCUUCAAAGUGGUUGAGGUUCGUUUGAGGUUCGUUUGAUGUGGGUAAAUCGUCUUUCCCCUCAAAAAGUUCGUGAACUUUUCUUGGCCGUGACGAGCAGGGUGACGCUAUUGGUAACGGCUAAAAAAUAUAAAUAAAUUUUAAAAAAACGCACACAACAGCGCGCACAAGUCCACCUGAGCAAUGCACCUCGGCCGUCGCACGCCGUUGCCUGUCUGCUCCGGAAGAACGAUGAGGGUACGGAACCGCGGAGCGCAAACGCUCAUCACCACAAUGGGCGCCUUCGUGGCAUUCAGCCUCAUGGCCAUCGCCGUGGGGACGGACUACUGGCUGUUCUCUCCCGGGGUCUGUCGAACCAGUGCCGGCGAUAACGAAACGAACUCCAUGAACGAGGAGGUGCUGACGCAUUCGGGUCUUUGGCGCCAGUGUUGUGUGGAAGGCACCUUUACUGGUGUUUGUAAAAACAUCGACCACUUCCCAGAAGAUGCAGAGUAUGAACAAGAUGCAGCAGAAUAUCUACUUUGUGCAGUGCGUGCAUACAGUCUCUUUCCCAUCUUGAGUGUAGGACUGCUAUUCGUUGGCGCGGUGUGCGUAGCCGCCAGUGAGGUCUACAAGCGCCGUGACAAUGUCAUCUUGAGCGCAGGGAUUUUUUUCGUCUCCGCUGGUCUCAGCAACAUUAUCGGCAUCAUUGUGUACAUCUCCGCCAAUGCUAAUGACCCUAACCAGGGCGAGUCCAAGCGGAGUCACUGGUACGGCUGGAGCUUCUACUGCGGCGCACUGUCCUUCAUCAUUGCUGAGACCGUGGGCGUUCUCACCGUGCACCUCUUCAUCCAAACGCACCGCGAGCUCCUACGAGCGCACGCCCGACACUCGCUGCAGCCUCACGCGCACGCCCCCCCGCAACUCCGCCGAUCUUUUAACUGUCGCAUCCAACAAGUUCAGUCUAGCCCAUCCGAUCUCUCUCCCGGUCUCCAUGGCAGCGACCUGGGAGCAGGUUACGGACCACCCACACACCCGCAUGACUCCGUCAAUGCCAGCCACGGCUUUGCGCACUUUCACAACGCGGUUAUCGCUAAUGAUAAAUGCAACGGCGCACACGUGCGAGUGCUGCAAAACUCAGUCAAAUCAGACAACGGUUUCCUUAUUAAUCUGACGUCCGCAAGCGCAGAGAAAGGUUUCGGUUUCUUCGAUGCUCAUGCAAAAACUGCGGUGAAGGUGGACAACGGUCCAGUGCCUAGGCUGCACACGUUUAACUCCGUUAAUGACGAUGCCCCGACGAAGGGGCAUAGUUAUUCACCCAUGAGUGGCAGCGCCACAAGAAGAACCACACCUGUUUGAAAGAAAAGCUACAGGUGAGAUCACCACCAGUAUGUUUGCACCGAGUACCAACUAACUGGGGUCUGCUGCGAAACAUACACUGACACUGUACAGGGUGUAUGUGGUGUUUUUACACCCACACAAAUACAUUAAUGUAGCGUAUACUUAAAGGCAAGGAUAUUGAAGCCAUUGUUGACCGAAUGUUUUUUAUGCAACAGAAAUAAAAACCGAAACAUACUUCAACUUUUUCAAAACUGUUUAGAAAGACAAGAUCAAGGUCUACAACCGAAAAUGAACUGGUACCCACUAUCACCAGAUAAUUCACUAGUCGAACAAUAUUCAUUAUGUGGGAUGAACUUCAACGCUCAGUGAGGAAAGGACACUACACUAGUCAAGAAGUGGCUUGGAAUGCCAUACCAACAACAUACCUGCUGGAACUUCAUGAAAGGAGUCCUUAAACAUCAAAGCUAAAGGAUGGUGUUUUGAUAAACGUAGAGUUCAACCAAAAACACAUUUUGAGUCACGUGAUUUUGUUCUGUGUUAAUAUAUUAUCGUCCAUAUUUUCUUUUUUUGUGGGGGGGAGAUUUGUUUUUUAUAGUAUUUGGCCUGUAGUGUAUAUCAGAAGACGACCGGGUGAUUAGGAGCUGCUAAAAUUCAGAAGCUUUUGAGGACCAUGACAUUAUUGUUAAUGAUGUAAUGCUAAAAACUGGACAGAUGGGGGCAGAGAAGGUUUACAAAAACAUAACCAGUAACUAUUGUAACCCCUGCGAUAUUCACAGCUUGCCUUCUGGUUAUCCCUAGAUUUAUGUGUAAAUACAACAUUUCAAGGCAGUUAGAACAUUUAGAAAGAAGGACGUAAAAUGUGAGAGCGUGGUUUAUUAAAACCAAGCUCUGCUCCUGAUGGAAAUCAUAAUUCUCCGCAGGUUACGUUUGGCACUAUCCCAAAUAGA